AUGGAAGUGAAAAAAGCAGUUGGGUGGUCGACUCCGACAGCAACCCCAUCCCUGGGUACCGGCCGCAUUGUCUUCACCGCCGGAAGCACUAUCGUGAUUGAUGCACCUGCUAAAGAGGUAUUUAACAUCAUGGUUGAUUUCAAGAGAUACAGUGAAUGGAACACCUGGACUCCGAGACUCACAUUCAUCGACACUGAGGCUUCAAAAGCGGUAGAACCUGGAACCAGAGCAAUUCUGGAGACGCUGACCUAUGGCGGCGAAGACAUGAUGAAAAUCCCGAUUGAGAUCCUGGCACUGAACUAUGGAGAGCAGGAAUGUAAACUGGCGUGGAAGAGCAAUUACCUACCCUGGUGGGCUGCAACCAUUGAGCGGGUUCAGACAGUUACUGCCAAGGGACCAGAUACGUGUGAAGUCAAGAACUGGGAGUCUAUGGGUGGCCUUGCUGCAUACGCGAUAAAGCUUUCGUGGGUAUCGAAACAGCUUGAGACAUCCAAUGUGCGAUACCUUGAGGAGCUUGCGGCUUUUGUGAAAGGUGGUGUAACCAAGAAGGCUGCGCCCGCGAAGGGUUAA